AUGCCUUCAGGGAACAAAGCAGGAGGUGUAUCACCAGCUGAUCCUUUGCUUUCCCCCUGUUCCCUCAGGAAGAGGAGGAGGAAUGGCAGUGACGAUGAUGGACAUGUUCCCCAGACCAAGCGCAGCACCAGGAGCUCUGUCCUUCAGGAUUCCUGGGACACUGAGAAGGUGGCUGCAGCCAGGAGCAGUAAGGAGCGCAGAGCAAGGGGCACCAGAGUGGCCUGCGUGUCAUCCAGCAGUGACAGUGGGAGCAGCAGCAGCAGCUGUAGCAGCAGCAGCAUCAACAGCCCUGACAGAGCCUGUGGGGCAGAAAGCAGCCUGACCCCCAGGAUUGCAGGAGGCAGCCCUGUCUCCUCCCAGCCCUUCCACGAGCAGUCUGCACUAAGCCAAGGUCCUUACUUCCACAUCAACCAGAUCCUGAAGGAAGCUCAUUUCCACAGCCUACAGAGCCGGGGGCGCCUCCCCACAUGA